AUGGCUCGCAAAGAAUUUGAGUUGACUGAGAUGUUACUCGGAUUUUGUAUCCUCCUUCUGAUGGUAUACACAUCUUAUGGAGACGUCAGCUAUUCCUUUCCGGAAGAGAUGAAAAUUGGAUCUGUGAUUGGAAAUAUAGCCAAGGAUCUCAGACUCGAUGUGAACACACUGUCAUUUCGUAAGGCUCGCAUUGAUACUGAAGGUAAACGAUAUUGCGAAAUUAAUCUGAACACUGGAGAACUGACUGUGGCAGAGAGGAUUGACAGAGAGGAACUGUGCGGCGACAAGCUAUCGUGUAAUCUAAAAUAUGAAUUUGUACUUGAGGGACCUUUGGAGUUACAUCGCAUUUCUCUGCAGAUUUUAGAUAUCAACGACAAUGCUCCUGUUUUUCCAAAAACUGCAGUUAAAUUUGAAAUACAGGAGUCUGCAGACAAAGGCGCUCGAUUUCGAGUGAACGAAGCUCAUGAUGCUGAUAUAGGGCAGAAUGCAGUACAAAGCUACACCUUGCAGAGAAACGAGCAUUUUGUACUUGCACUCAGCUCACACAGUGAUGGAGGAAAGAACAUUGAGCUAGUACUAGAUAAAGAGCUUGAUCGUGAGCAACAGCAAGAGGUCACGUUGAUUCUAACUGCUACUGACGGUGGGACGCCACAGAGAUCAGGUACUGCUGUUAUACAUGUGACUGUGCUGGAUGCUAACGAUAACGCCCCAGUAUUCAGUCAAGCUGUUUAUAAAGUCAGUCUUCCCGAAAAUUCCCCUUUGGAUACUGUAGUGAUAACAAUGAGUGCCACAGAUGCUGACGAAGGGGCAAAUGGAGAGGUUAGUUUCGAAUUCAGUCGUAUAACAGACAAAGCCAGAAAAUUAUUCUCCCUGGAUGCGAACACUGGCGAAAUCAAAGUCGUAGGACCAUUAGAUUUUGAGGAAUCGUCGUUAUAUGAGAUGCGUGUAGAAGGAAAAGAUGGGUUUGGUCUCUCCUCCGAUUCCAAAGUCGUGAUAGAAUUAACAGAUGUGAAUGACAAUGCGCCCGCGAUCAAUGUGAAAUCUCUUACUAGUCCCAUUCCAGAGAACGCGUUACCUGGCACAGAAGUUGGCAUCAUUAACGUGCAGGACAGAGACUCUGGGAACAACCGACGGGUCCACUGCUCCGUACAGCAAAACGUCCCUUUUAAACUCGUAGCAUCAAUCAAAAAUUACUAUGCUUUAGUGACUACAGCAGAAUUAGAUCGCGAGUUAGUGUCCGAUUAUAACAUUACAGUCACCGCGACAGACGAGGGCUCUCCACCUUUGACUUCUUCCAAACACAUACAGUUAACAGUAGCUGACGUCAAUGACAAUGCACCUGUGUUUGAAGAGCAGUCGUACAAAGCCCUGUUGGCUGAAAAUAAUAAACCAGGUUCCUCUAUCGUCUCUGUAACCGCCACAGAUCCUGACUGGAGACAGAACGGCACUGUGUUUUACACUCUUUUACCCGGAGAGGUUAACGGUCACCCUAUAUCCUCAUUCGUAUCCAUUAAUGGAGACACCGGAGUGAUCCAUGCUGUGAGAUCGUUCGAUUAUGAACAGUUCAAAAGUAUGAAAGUGCUCAUCUCAGCCAGAGAUAACGGUUCUCCUCCCCUUAGCAGUAAUGUAACCCUCAGCGUCUUCGUAACAGAUGAGAAUGAUAACUCACCUCAGAUACUAUACCCCACAGCGGAGGCGAAUUCUGUGAUGACCGAGAUGGUGCCCCGAGCUGCCAACGGUGGCUCCCUGGUGUCCAAGGUGAUAGCGGUGGACGCAGAUUCUGGGCAGAACGCGUGGCUUUCCUAUCACAUCGUGAAAGCAACUGAUCCUGGACUUUUCACUAUCGGUGUCCACAGCGGUGAGAUCAGGACACAGCGGGACGUUUCUGAAUCUGACAACAUGAAGCAGAACCUUAUUGUCUCCGUGAGAGAUAACGGGCAUCCCUCCCUCUCUGCCACGUGCGUACUGCAUUUAUUGAUCUCCGAUAACUUGGCUGAAGUUCCAGAACUGGUAGACAUGUCUUAUAACGAGAGGAGCACGAAACUUACCACCUAUUUGAUCAUUUCGCUGGUGUCCGUUUCCACCCUGUUUCUCACUUUUAUCAUUAUCAUACUGGCCGUGAAGUUUUACCGCAGGAGAAAACCAAGGCUGUUGUUUGAUGGAGCAGUAGCCAUUCCCAGCGCAUAUCUUCCUCCAAAUUACGCAGAGGCUGAAGGCGCCGGAACUCUUCGUAGUACUUACAAUUAUGAUGCGUACUUGACGACUGGCUCACGCACCAGCGAUUUCAAGUUUGUCAGGUCCUAUAACGAGGGUACUUUACCUGCUGGCUUGCCUUUAUGUGCUGGAAAAACUCUAUCCGCCGAUAACGUUCUUGAAGGAAUUGAUGAUGGGGGCAAAGAUUCACCACAGGUGCAGUUUGAAACCCCUAGUGCCCUUGUUCGUUAA